ACCGGAAGUGAUAAUGUGGUUUGAGUUGAAAGGUCAUACUGAUUAGGAAGGUUUGUUGUGCUAACUAGUUUUGUCAUCUUUUUCCAACAAGGAACGCUUCAAAUAUGUCCGCGUCUGAAGAUUACGAAGAACAAGAAGAGACAGCGACCACUGUUCCAUCCGUCCUCAUUACGAGCUGUGACAUUGGCUUUAAUGAACAAGAUUUGAUAAAACAGAUUCUAGGCACCACAUCGUUACCAGAGCCGUCCAAGCAGGAGGAUACGGUAGUGUGGUACCCAUGGACUAUCAACAACAAGUAUUACACAGCAGGUGUCAGCCUCUGUGUGGUGCCCGGUACCUACCAGAUGACAUCGGAGAUAGCCCAGUCCAUGCAGGCUUUCAUUGCUUACUUUGACAGCACAGUGAAGGAUGGUUUGGAGCAGCUGUCUCCCUGGAUAUCUGUGGUGGAAGACUUGGCUCCAGAGGUGCUCAUCCUGGUCUGUGACCGCGUGUGUGAAAGUGGUGUCAGUAGACAUGAGGCACAUCAGUGGUGUUUAGCACAUGCCUUUGAGUUGGUGGAACUCAGUCCUGAAGACCUGCCAGAUGAGGAAGAUGACUUCCCAGAGUCUACAGGAGUGAAGAGGAUUGUCCAGGCUCUCAAUGCCAACGUGUGGUCCAGUGUGGAGAUGAAGGAUGAACACAGUGGGGGCUUUGGUCUUAUGAGCAGCUUGGUGGCCUCCAGACAUAACAACCCACGGCCCAGGCAGGACACACCCCCACCGUCCUCCAGUCUGCCAGUAGAGGGCGUAGUAGACAGUGGGGAGCCUCGCAGGACUGAACCCAACCCUGACGACCGAGACACACAGGUUGACACCAUAGUAGAUCCGAUGCUUGACUUGGACAUCCAGGAGCUGGCUAACCUGACGGCUGGGGACGCGGACGUGGAGAACUUCGAACGCCUCUUCACCAAACUGAAGGAGAUGAAAGAUAAGGCUUCAUGGCUACCUCCUGAACAGAGGAAACUCCAUGCCGAGAAGGUUGCCAAGGCGUUUUGGACGGCAAUCGGAGGAGACCAGGAUGAGAUAGAAGGCCUGUCGUCAGGGGAGGAGAGUUAAGGGGAGACUGAGGAGUCACGCUCUUCCUUGCUGUCCCCAGUCCUCCCCUUGCUGUCCCCAGUCCUCCCCUUGCUGUCCACAGU